ACGAAAGAUCAUCUCACCACCACAAAGCAUAGCAUAGUGUAAGAGAGAGAGAGAGAGAGAGAGAGAGAGAGAGAGAUGGACGGAGGUGUCUGCGACGAGCUCCUAGAAGAAGUCCUCCGCCGCCUCCCUUCAUCCUCCUCCGCCGCCGAUGUCUCCCUCGUCUCCAAGCGUUGGCUCCGCCUCUACCUCUCUAGCAGAACCACCCUCUCGCUCCGCCUCUCCCCGGAUAACUGGACGCCCCACUCCCUCUCCUCUUUCCUCUCUCACUUCCCUAACCUCUCCUACCUCUCUGUCACCAUCAACGGCCGUGACCGCGUCUCGAGUUUUCCCGAUCAUAUCCUUCUCUCCUUCGCCUCUUCCCGUCCCAAGCCGACCGUCGCCUCUUCCUGUCCCAAGCCGACACGUCUCUGCCUCCACCCUGAACCAGUCUCUCACUUCCCUCUCCUUUCGCUCUCUACCUCAUUCCCUCACCUCACCUCUCUCGACAUCGCCCUAUACAGACCCUUCAAUUUCCACUGGCUCCUCUUCUUCCACUCUCUUAAGAAUCUCAACGUCUCUUUUCUCUACGGAUUCGAACCCGUCGAUACUGCUUGCGAGGGGAACUAUGACGGUGAACUGAAAUUAGAAACCCUAAAUGUCUUUCGGAUUCGACGUGGUGAUCACGGUCUCAAUUGGCUAUGGAAAAGCUGUAAAACCCUUAAGAAACUGCAGCUAAAAUGCUGCGGAGGAAUCGGCGAUGAUACGUCGGGUUCGUCGUUUGUUAAUUGCCUCAAAGACCUCCAAGAAGUGGAAUUGAUUCAUUGUGGACCCACCAUACGUGAUGAAAUUUUGUUGAAAUUGGUAGAUAAUUGUGCGUCUUUAAGCUCUCUAUUGGUACACGAUCGUUAUGCUGGUACAAUUGGAUUACGUCAAUUCAUUACUCACAGCUGUUGUAAUUUGCGAAAACUCGAUUUGUGUACACUCCAUGACCUGCUCACAGAGACUUGCUUAUUGGCCGUGGGUGAGAAGUUCAGGGGUUUGUUGUCGCUUCGGUUACAUGGUUUUUCCUCUAUUACUGAUGAAGGGCUCAAGACUAUGAUGUUAGCCAUGAGUAAUGAGCUUGAAGAGUUGGCUUUGGUAAAUUGCAACUCGGGACCUGGGUUGUUGACCACUCUAGGACAGAAGUUUCAAAAUUUGAGGAAGUUGGACUAG